GAGAUAAAAAUUUUAAUAAAUAUUUGAGUAAACAAAACAAAAGCGUUAAAGAAGAAAGACAUUGAAUAUGGCCGCCACAACAGUCACUUGGACAACGUUUGCAAAGCCUAGAUCACUAACAGCUAUUGCUGAUUUGGCCGUUUGCACUCAAUGCGAUAACAUUCUAUGUUUCACCGAUUUGAAGACUCUAACGGUGAACUAUUACAAAUGCGAAACUAUCCAGUUUGGUUUUAGCGUAAAAGCGAUGGACGGCCAUAAUCGUUUCGGCUUUCUAGCAUUUGCUGAAUUGAUGCUACGCUCCAGUAUACAUAUAAUACAGUAUCCGCAGUUGACUAAGUUUGCAACAUUUUCAUCUCCGAAUAUAUUAUCUUUUGUGGACAUAAAAUUCAAUGAUCAUGAUUUAUUGGUUGCCUUAUCCGAUGCGCCAAACUAUACGAUAUGCAUUUGGAAUUUUCGUACCGGGCAACAAAUAGUCGAACAAGAUACCAUGCAGCAAUCGUUACGGCAUUCGUUGGCUUUGUCGUGGGAGUACACACCGCAGAUAUUGCAAUAUUCCGAUCACAAUAAAGAAGUGUUAAUUUGGGAAAUGUGCCAUUUGUCAGGGGGCACUGAAUUGCAUCAAAUCUUUCGACUUCAAUUGCCUAAAGAAUACUGUCUAACCCAUUUAAAUUUUAUAUUAUGCUACGGUGAAGAUAACAACAUUUAUUAUGUGGAUAAUAAGGGCAUCGUGUCGUUGGUACAUAUUGCGAAUUAUUAUCCGAAAUAUCGUUGGUCUGUUCCCGAUGAAGAUAUCAAUGCCAAUGAGCUUCAAUAUUAUUCAAUUUUCCCACACAAACAAGGUCUAUUGGUUUUGAGUAGCGCGAUGUGCUAUUACAUAAGGAGAAAGCAAAUUUGGCAAAUGGAUUGGAAAGUCAAUUUAUUGGGCGAGACUAUAUAUCGUUUAGUGAGUAAUAUGCAUGGCGAGAUAUAUGCUGCCGGUCAUUUGGGUAAUUUAUAUCGUUUGGAGGAGAGUAGCGAAAAUAAUUAUGAAUUAAAUCCGCUCGAGCAUUUUCAUUGGGAAACUGUUGAUUUUGUUGUUUUGCGUGGCACUAAAGAGGAGGCAAUCGUUCAAGUGGGCAAGAGAGGUGAUUUACGUUUAAUUGAUUUGCAAAAACAACGAAUUUUAUCGGUAUUCAGUUUACCCGGAGCGAAGUACAUAAGUUCACAUAAUACCGCGCCAUAUAUUAUUAUCAGUACCAAGCAUAGUACUUUAGAGUUUAUAAACUAUUCGAAUAUUAACAGUCCCAUUUUGGUCCAUUCGCUAAUGUCAGAGUCCGGCCAUCGAUGGGAAGGUGUCCGAUGGUUGGAAAAUUUCGCUGUUAUUCAUGAUGAAUUUUACGUAUUCUAUUUAUUUGAAAUUGAUUUUGGGAAUAACAAAUUCGAUCAAUUAUAUAAAAUUGAAAAACUCUUGGCAGAAAACCGUUUAUAUGAUUAUUUCCUUAGCGAGGAUAAUUACAUAUUUAUGUUUAUACAAAGCGAUAUAGAUGGCGAUCAAAAGGAGAGCAGUUGUAACGAAUUAUGGAUAUAUGAAUGGGGACAACAUUCCGUUCGAAUUGAACGUAAUAAUUACAAUUUGCCGCAUCAAUAUCGCGGAGCGACCAAACUUGCCAUCUAUCUAAGAAAUGCGGUUCAAUUUGCCGCCUCACGUUAUAAGACUGUCAUUAUAGAUAUUCUGAACUUUCAAACCGAACUGAAAGAGUUAAGCAUCGUUUACAGUUUCGCAACAACUCAUUUAGCAAGUAUUACCGGCCUAUCCGGUGCUCGUAAUAUUAUCUCAUGGAGCCUCGAUGCCACUUACUUACAUUUACGUGUUCAUCCGAAAGCAAAAAAAAUGUACUCUUGUUCACAUUGCGUGCAAACGAAAGUCGCCGAACAACCAGUCGUUAAAACUAGCGAAUGCUUUACGUUCAAAUACCUUGUCUUUUUGUAUGUGCACGGCGGUAUGAAGGCAAUGAAAAUUGAUGCAUCCCCCACUCUACAUGUAUAUGACAAUAUCUUUUAUCCGAAUCCGGAGCAAAUAAUAGAGAGAUCCAGUACCAAAUACAUAUAUAUACAACCGACUGUGCACGACGUGGUUAUUACGCAUACGAAGGAAGAGAUCGCCGAGCGCGAUAGUUUAAUUAAGCGCAUUAAUGAAUUAGCGAAAAGUGUAACAACUCUUAUCGAUUAUGAUAUGUCGUUGACUGGAAAAAAAACUGGAUUAUUUCGAAAAUUUUGCUUAAAUAAUUGGUGGUUAAAAGACUUAACUGCCGAAGCUGAGAAACUUUGCGAAGUUGAACGUAAAUCUUAUAUGGACGCUAUAAGAGAUCAAUCGCGUAUACGUGAUUGGAUUUAUAAUCUGAUAAUGACGUCUACAACAGCCAUUUCAUAUCGUACGAGAGCAUUAUUUUCAGGUUUUUCUGUAGAAAACUACGGUUUGCGUAAACAAACCCAACAUAAUACCUAUGAUUUAUAUCGCUUCCAUGGCAUGGAACCGUUCGAGGACGAGGACGGUGAUAAGGAUGGCGAUGAAUUAAACACUUAUGAAAGAUUAGAAGCACCGAUUAAAAGACGAAAAUAUUUUAUUGUGCAAGGAAGUAGUGUUUACGAACAUGUCUUGUCGCCAGAUUUAGCCUUACAGGAUACAGAUGUGGUGACCGCACAUCAAAUGCAUAACCAAAAUGUCAAAAUAAAGAAACUUUUAAUCGAUCCUUUGCGAGAAGAAUUCAAUAAGAAAUUCGAUAACGUGCGAAAAUUGAAAUCCGAUUUAAUUGACAGUAUAUUGCAAACGAAUGCAGUUUUGACUAGAAAUUAUGCGAAUCAAAAUAUUAUGCUACAUUUAUUGCAUAUGGAAACAUUUGUACCGGCCGAACUAUCGGUACCAGUGUGGGAAAAAGAUGAGAUAGUUAAACGUAUUAUGGAGGUUGACGAUUCCGAAAUUAAAGCGAUUAAUCGUCGUGCGAAGAAAGCCGAAGUAGUUGCUAAAAAACGGGGUCGCAUGCUCCUAUGGUCUGUAGAAUUUUGGGUACGAGCUCUAAUUGUAAUGAUGGAUGGAGUAUUGGAAAAAUUGUGGGAAGAGGAAAUCAAAAAAGAUAUACCAAUGCCCGAGUUCAUGUUUAAAAAACAAUUAGCCGAAUAUACACUUGAGGAUCAGAAAAUUUUACGCGACUAUGAGGAGAAAGUACGUUUGCUUAAUGAAGAUCGUAAAAAAUACUUACGUAUAUUGGGUGAAAACGAAGUAAAAUCCAAAGAAUUGAAGAACACAUAUAUAAUGAAAUUGAAUGAAACUAUUACUGAUAUGAUGAUAACUAAACUUAAAUAUGAUUUUGCGAUCAAGGAGGCUCGUCUUCGUAAUUUAAAUACCAAAGUUAUAUAUAAUGCUCGCUUAAAAUGUAUGAAAUUUCUUAACAAAUAUCGACUUGAUCUCGAGGAUAUAGCUUAUUAUAUAGAGAAAUAUGAAAGAUAUGCAGAAUUAUGGGAUAGUUCGAUCACUUUUUUACGCGGCAAACAAGACAAUGUUAUCGUGAAAGAACGCACCGUUGAACGUCAAUUCAAAAAUCAAUUUCUUAAUGCCGUCUCCCCGCAACUUACUACGGAAAUGAAUCGCGCUUAUAAGAAACGUCCCAAGUUACCGCCAAAGCUAAUGAAUUCAGUAUUGAUUUGCAAGCAAUUAUCAUUGUAUAUAAAUGCGAAACCGCAAAUUCGUUCAAAUUUUCCAAUAGUAAAGGAUGUUCUCGAAUAUUUGGAUGCUUUAAAGGCUAUGGAUAAUUACGCUGCCGCACCACCUAACGUAGAGAUGAAACAAUGGGAACAAUUUACGAAAUUGCGUCGUCAAAAAGUCGAAGCUGAAUUCAGAUUAAGAGCAAUCAAUUUACAGAUAGCUGACGCUCAGGGUGUUUCUACAAAUUUUACAAAGUCUGUCUAUAAUUUACGCAAUAAGAAAAGCGCAGUACUUUUCAAAGUUCAAGAUUAUCAAGAACAUUAUUUAGCUGCUGUACAAAAUCAAACAUUAGAGUUACGUUUAACAAUGGGUCAAGUUGAGACUAGUGUUUUGGGUCAUGUAACUCAUCUUCAAAAUUGCAUAUUAAUGCACGAAGAUGAUAUAAAUGAUAUCAAUCAAUCGAUACUAAAAGCUGGACAAAUGAAAUUGAAAGCUAUGCAACGAGUGGCAUAUUUUCGUCGCCAAGUUAUUUUUAAAGAAUGGGAACAUAAGGUGACCAGUGCCAAUAUUGAUUAUCUUAAAUAUAUGCUGGGAGUAAUCGAGAAAUGUAAAGUAUCGCAGGAGUUUCUUGCCAUCUUACGUCGUUGGGAGAAAGUCAAAGCGGAAAAAGAACAUUUUCAAAAUACAGUGGGCCUUAUAGAGAAAGUAUGCGAAGAUAGAACAAAAGCUGUGCGUAGGCAGUUGUCAAAAUUACUUACACAAAUUACCACAGUCCGUGAACAGGUUGAAGAAAUGAAAAGAUCCAACCAACGAGUUAAUCGUCAAAUUGAUGAGGUUAAGGUGGCCGUGGCCCUUUCAAACACUUACCGCGAUUUUAUGAUUGAGCAGAAGAGAGGUCGCGAACAAAAUGAAAGAAUGGAAAAGAUCAAAAGGCAUGCUAAUCUUCUUGAUACCGUGCGCAAGGAUUAUGCAAAAAUUUUAGAACUGAAAACACUCUUGGAAUUACAACGUUUACGCACAUUUCCAACAUUGGGUCCAAAUUUGCCGGGAUGUCCGUAG